AAAAAAGUUAAAUAUUUAUUGUAUAUUUUUGCGACGUUGAUGGCGUUGCAGUUACGAAUGAAACUGAUGAUCUUUGACAGUCAUUUUGGCUCGAAAGGCUCCAUUUGUGAUCGUCUCAGGAAAGCCCUGCUCCUGAGCCACAAUGGCGACAGUGACCUUGCCGUACAGCCUGCUAUUUUUGUAUAUCCUUUUUAAGGCUUUACGGUACCGGUGAAAGCAGCAUGACUGACAAUGAACAGCGGCGGUAAUAGAAAUGCACAUAACACAUCGUUGUGUUAAUGUUGAUGAAGAGUAGUCGUCUGAUUAGUAAUACUUGGCGCUUCGACUUCCGUAACAGAACACAACUGCGCCAGUUUCAUUGACGUUCGAGACAGGAGGUUUGCUGUGCCGCUCUUCUCCUUCAGUGCCUUAGCCGCGAAUACUCCGUGAAAUGCGACAGCGCAUAGUUGUGUUAUAAGAAGAGUGUUUCUUCAUGUAUAUAACUCCAUCUUUCGGACAACGCAGAUAAUACCUGUAGGCGUUCUUUUAGUUAGUAGUACAAGUGCAGAAAAAAUUUGCGUACUUUUUCGACUGCCGAAAUAGGCAAGCUUUUACCUUAUAAGUGAUGCGCCUCGCUUUGCACCGCUUCUGAAAAAAAGCAGCUUCUUCUUUUUAAUAAUCUGCCCACCUAAAUUGACUUACUGCUACACCACAGAUCAUGACUGUUAUUAAGCUGUCUACUCAGGCUUACUGCAAGAUGUUACUUCAUGCUGCCAAGUAUCCCCAUUGUGCGGUAAACGGGCUUUUGGUCGCCGAAAAGCUCAAGCGGAAAGAGGGCCAGCCGCUGAUUUUUGUCGAUUGUAUCCCCUUAUUUCACGGUACCUUGGCGCUUGCACCGAUGCUAGAAGUAGCUCUGAGUCUGAUUGAUACAUGGUGCAAGGAAAACAAAUAUGUGAUUGCUGGAUAUUACCAAGCAAAUGAACGAGUAAAGGAGCAUAGACCAAAUCAAGUUGCAGAGAGAGUAGCUGCUAGAAUUACGGAAAAUUUUAGUGAGGCAGCUCUGAUAAUGAUGGACAAUAGCAAGUUCUCCAUGGAUUGUUUAGAGCCUGCAGUUAUCAUCUUUGAGCACCAUGAUAAUAAAUGGAAAUGCAGAGAUACAAACAUUGAUUGCUAUGAGGAUUGGUCCGAAGCUCAGAAGAUCACUGCUGUACUUCUAGAGGGAAAGUCCUAUGAGAAUCUGAUUGAUUUUGACAACCAUUUGGAUGACCUACGAAAUGACUGGACAAACCCAGAGAUUAACAAAGCCGUCCUACACCUGUGCUAAACUAUUUUUAUAGACCUGUUGAAUUCCAGCCAAAAUGGACUCGAUCCAUUUUUUUGUAAGCUUUUUUUGCAUAAACAAUAAAUGCAUAUACAGUAACACUUUGACAAGAUAACUCUAGAGCUUUCUAAACAAGACUCAACCUAAUUAUUCAGUUAAUAGGAAAAAUAAAAGAAUUUUAGUUAAAAGCCAUAGUUUAAACAGUUACUUUUGCCAUUACUGUAGGUAAGUAAAAUAAAUGAAAGAAAUGUAAAAAUAUUUAAGUGGUUCUUAUCAUUAAGGACACCCCUCCAUUGUUAACAAAAGCCAUGAGCAAUUAAUAAUAAUAAUGUACAUACUGUAACAUUUCUGUAGCAUAGUAUUAUACAGUAUGUUAGAGUGCAUUUAUAAAAUAUUAAUACAUACUGUACAUUGGAUUAAGUGUAAUCUACAUAAAAAAUAGUAAAACUAUAAUGGUAAUUAUAAAGUAAUUACUCUAUUUUUGAAGUGAUAUUCCUAAAUCUAUUAAACAAACAUGUAGAAGGUUCA